AUGGAAGUUGCAAGCCCACUAAAAGAUAGUAGUCCUUUAGCAUCAAGUCCUUUCUCUUCUCCAAACGUUGGAGCCUUGCUCAAGAUUAAGAUCAUUUCAUGGACUCAAGAGACUGGUUUGCCUGUUUCUGUUAGUGUUCGAGUUGGCGGUAAGACCUUUAACCUUCACAAGUACCCAAUAUUUUCAAAAAGUGGUUAUUUCAAGAAAAGGCUGAAUGAAUCAGCUGAGGUUGAGCUACCACCAGACUUCCCAGGAGGGCCAGAAACCUUUGAGAUGAUUGCAUUGUUCAUCUAUGGCUCCUCCACAUUGAUUGACCCUUUCAAUGUGGUAGCCCUGAGAUGUGCAGCUGAGUUUCUUGAAAUGACAGAAGAAUACUCUUCUGGCAACCUCUGUGAGCGCUUUGAUCUGUACUUAAACCAAGUAGUCAUGCAGAGUUGGAAUGACACCCUAAUAGUACUCCAGAAGUGCCAAACUUUGCUUCCAUGGUCUGAAGACUUGUUAAUCGUGAGCCGCUGCAUUGAGUGCCUAGCAUUCAUGGCUUGUAUGGAGAUUCUUGAUCCGGAGAGAAGGCGUGACACACCGGUACUCACAUUGGACACAUUGUGCAUCCGAAAUUGGAGCUGUGAAAUGGGAAAGGAGAUUAUGAGUCAGGACCUUUGGAUCAAAGAUCUCAUUGCUCUACCAUUUGGAUUCUUUAAGAGGAUAAUAGGGUCCUUGAGAAGACAAGGUAUGAAAGAAAAGUAUUUGACUCCCAUUAUUGUUUUAUAUGCUAACAAAUGGGUACUUUCAAAAAAGACAAUCCAAUUUUGGGAAAACUCUGGUCACAAAAUUGGGGAUGAUCAUAAAGUUUCAGUUAUCCUUCAAGGUGUUCUUGAUUUGCUUCCCAAGGGGGAGAAGGCUUGUCGAGCAAUCCCCGUCGGGUUUUACUUUGCAAUUCUCUCUACAUCCCUUGAAGAAGGUCUGAGAGGUGAUAGCAAGGCAAAGUUGCAAGAGCAGAUUGUAUCUCAACUACACUAUGCCCAACUGGAAGACUUUAUCUUUCCAAAAAGUGGAACUGAGUCAAUAUCUUCUAGCAUAGAGCUGGCUACAAUGGAGAGCAUAAUUUCAACAUAUGUAUCAGCUAAUUUGGAUAAGGAUCAUAGCCUUUCAGCAGGGAACUCAAUUGUUGCAGAAUUGUGGGAUGCAUAUCUUACUCACAUAGCUACUGAUACCAACAUGCAGCCUAAAAGAUUCAUGGAACUCGUCGAAAGAUUACCUAUAUCCUACAGACACUGUCAUGACAAACUCUACAGGGCAAUGAACACCUUCUUGCAGGCACACCCAACUGUCUGCCAAGAAGAGAAGUGGGCAGUGUGCAAGUACCUUAGCUGCCAAAAACUGUCACAAGAGGCGUGCAUUGAUGCUGUUCAAAAUGAGUUGAUGCCGCUGCGUUUGAUUGUUCAAGCACUUUUUGUGCAGCAGCUCAGCACACACCAAGCUUUCAAAGAAUGCUCGGAUUCGUUCCGAUAUGUACACUGUGGAGAGUUUUCUGGGAGUCUCUCAAGCUCUAGGUGCCCAAACUCUAAAAGCCAGAAUCUUGGGGAUAGUCCUAGUACAUAUACAGAUGGAGCAGAGCCAGCUAGCAGCAAACCCUUGAGCUUUUUGCUACAAAAGGACCUGGUCAAUCAGAGACCUGAGCUGUCAAGGAAAGAAUAUGAGUCAACAAGCUUCAGAAUUCAGAAUCUUGAACAAGAGCUCAUGACACUGAAGCGAAGCCUUCAAUGGCAGAGCAUUUCGAAGAAACAAGAACCAGUUUCAACCACAGUACCAAGCAUGAAGCCAUAUAAUAAGGAAAGCAGAUCGAUGAGCAAAAAGGGCAAACCACUUGUACAUGCAACGGGUUGCAUUGGCUCUGUGAAUUUUGCUUCUCAAAGAAGGUAUGCAAGUCAACUACUGAAGGUCUUUCGCAGAAUUUCCUUGUUUGGAAGCAGAAAACUAAAGAGAAAGCCAGGUUCUAGAGCAGCGUAA